CGUUUUUUGCAAGUCAAAACAAGACGCUUCGAAAAUCACUCCGCGCGUAAACAAAACGAUUAGUUUUCUCCGUUUUCUCAGUAAAGCAGUGAAAUUUCAACGCGAUUUUUGCCGGCAAAAUGGUUAAACGUAAAGCGUCCGGUAAGCGCAAAGUAGAGAAGAUGCCGGCACCAAUAAGUGGGAACGUUUGUCGAACCUGUUUGAGCCCCAAGAGGUCCAAGCGCCAGAAGGUUGUUUCGCUGUUUUCCAAGUUGGGCAACUCGCUUGUAGCGAACAUCAUCACGGAUUGCACGGGCGUUGAGAUCACCCAGGACGAUUCCCUGCCGGCGGAAAUUUGCACCGAGUGCUUCGAAACGGUCAAACUGUUGGACGCGUUCAUGAGGACUACACGGGACAGCGACAGCAAACUGCGCUGCAAGGUGGAAGACGUAGAUACAGAGGAAGACGAGCCCCCCCAAAGUGCCGAUGUCUCGGGGAACGACCUUCUGGAGGAUAUUAAGCUUGAUCCGGCGGAGAUAAUCGACAAAACGGAAAUUGUCGAAGACGAGGAAAACAUCGAAGUGCUCGUUCAGGUUGAGGAAGAGGAAGCUGAAAUGGAACAGGAAGAUUUUCAAGAUAGUGGCAGCGAUUGGAAAGGCAGUGGCGACGAGGCCGAGAGGGUGCUGAAGAGGAAGAAAGUCGGACUGAAGUCGAAACCGAACCCCGGCGCUCUACCCGGGAAGCCAACUCCGGCAAAAAGGAAGAAUGCUAAAUCAGCUAAAUCGCCACCAAAACGAAAGUAUGCCCAAAGCGAAGAAGAUCUGGAACUGACCGAACAGGAGCACGACAUGUUUAAGGUAAUCUUGAUUCAUCGGAGCCAUCACGUUUGCUGCGGUUGCUUGAAGGUAUUUCUAUCGACCGAAGAGCUGGACCAGCAUCGCAGAACUACACACAUUUGGAAGAAUGAAAACCUGAUGAAACCAUCGUCGAAAAUUCUUUGCGACGGGUGUCUACGCCGGUAUGAUUCGCCGCGGAGUCUGAAACUGCACCUGGACAAAAUCCGGCUGCUGAAGGUCGUCUGGGAGUGCAGACAGUGCGGCCAUCGAUUCAAAGCCGCCGACAAACGCCGGAAGCACGUCCGGAUCCACACGGAAGAUGCUCCCAUCGCGAUGCUGGCGCGCAUAAAGCAAAGCACCAUCAAGGAGUUCGGCUGGUUGUGCUGCGCAACCAAGUGCGGCCUUUCGUUCCCCAGUGAACAGGAGUUGAUUGAGCACUCGGAGAGUGCGCACACGAUAGACAAACAGGAGGCGGACUUGGAGCAGAAGACGAAACCGGCCCAGUGCCAGAUCUGUUUCCGACGGUUCGAGGACCGGCAACGGGUGGUCAGCCAUCAGAGGCGGAUGUACAAGAAGAAAAACCUACAGUGCGCCCUGUGCGGAUUGAAGUUUGCCAACUCGGUGGAGCUGAAUACGCACGAGAUGAAACAGCACGGAAGCAGCGGGUUCCAGUGUAAAAUUUGCGGGAAGACUUUCACCCAGAAGUACAGCAUGAUAAACCACGUCAAGUAUAUGCACACAGAGGAGAAGCAGCAUCAGUGCACCGUUUGUGGCAUGACAUUCCGACUGAAGGGUGGAUUGAAGACCCACAUGUCCAACCACGUGGAGAUUCCGCAGUUCAAAUGUGAGGUCUGCUCGAAAAUGUUCAAAGCCAAACUACACCUGCGUUAUCACAUGCGAACGCACACCGGAGAGAAGCCGUACAAGUGCCGCUAUUGUGACCAUGCGUUUGCGAAUAACACUAACUUUAGGAGACACGAGAUGACCCAUACUGGUAAUAAACCCCACAAAUGUUCUCUAUGCGAAAAAUCGUUUAUUUUGAGACGAACUCUCUUGGAGCAUGAGAAAACUCACUCGAACGAAAAUGCACGCGUGAGGGUUAAACUGGCCCAGAGAGACGCAGCAGAGUCGAGCAUGGUUAUUGAACAAGUAGAAUACGAGUCCGUUGACGAUGGUGAUGGUGAUCAGGAAGGAGAAGGUAGCAGCUACUACGAGGACGACGAGGAGGAAGAACAAGAAGAAGCAGAAGGCACCAAAGAUGAUGAACAUGUGGUUUCGUUCAGCAACAGGCCAGUUCAAGUCAAGGUUAUCAGUCCUCAGAUUUUACCACAACCGGUAAGAAUUGUAAGAACUGUUCCUCAAGUGGUCGAAAAUGUUCUACCAACGGUGUCUAGUUCCGGUGCGCAGACGGUCGUUUACAACGUUGUUCCAUCUACUUCAUCCGGUGGUAACUACAGUUACAUUUUGAAGUUCAAGUGAAUUCAAUGAAACUGAUCAUGCGUCUCCAUCGGUAAGUUAAACGUGGUUUAACUUUUAUUUCUCCCAUUCUUACUUUUGACAUACAGGGGAUGGCCAAAAUGUUUGCGAUAGGAAACUUUUUUUUCUCUCACAAAAAAGUUCAAAACUCUGUAACUUUUCAUAGAGUGUAUCGAAAAUUUGUACAAAUUUGAGCUCUAUUGGUUGAUCUUUCGCGGAGUUAGAAUCGUUCUGGUAAAACUCUAUUUUUAGACAACUUAUUUUUGAACUGUCAUAUCUCGGAAACCAGUGAACCAAAUAUAAUGAACUUUUGAACGUUUGAUGCUUCUCAUGUCAUUAAAACAUUGGUAUUUUUUGAACGUUGAAAAAAGUUAUUAUGGAUUGAAACUUUUUGAAUCUAUCUUGAAAAAAUGUAAUUUUUUUACAUCAAUGUCAUUAAAUUUUAGUGUUGAUAUCCAAAGAUUUUCUGCUUCCGUUCUCAAGAUAUAUCCGAUAAGUUGUAUUAGAGCCUAUUUGGAUUGAAAGAAUAACACAUUUAGUAAUUUUUGUAUGAUAUUGUAAAUUUGACUUAUUUUCCUCUAUGUGGGUGAAAAUGUCAAACUGGUAUAACAUUAUUCAUCGUGAGAAAAUAUUACAUUUUAUAGCGUCGUAUCAAGUAUCAAUAUAUUGUUGAUAAACGUUAAAAAUUUCAUUCAAUUCGGUUUACUGGUUACCGAGAUGUGACAGUUUAAAAAUUAGUUGUCUAAAAAAAGUGUUUUACCAGAACGAUUCUAAUUCCGCAAAAGAUCAACCAAUCGAGCUCAAAUUUGUACCAAUCAUGCACAUAUAGUAGGUAAACUAACAGUCAAAAUUUGAUGCACUCUAUAAAAAGUUACAGUAUGUUGAACAUUUUUGUGAGAGAAAAAAAAGUUGCCUAUCCCAAACAUUUUGGCCAUCCCCUGUACAAUUACUGCUUAAAUUUUUAUAUUUGAGUGUUUUUCAAAUUAUGUUGAAAAUAUUGCUCUAAUGGUAAACAACUAUUCUGCAAGUACAUGGGCCUUUUUACAUGAAAAUCGUUGUUUAGAGUUUAAAGGUUGAAAAUAACUUUAUUUUCCUGUAACAAAGUUGUUUAAUCUAUAAAUAUACCAUCAACACGUGGAAUCAAA